GAAAGCAGGACGGGGAGGGGUGGAGCAGUGGAGCAGUGGAGAGGUGACAGCGGAGAAUGGAGAGCAGCCCGUCCGCUCCGCGAGCUUUGACCGGGGACAAGCUUCUCGGUCCUUCCCUUCCGGAGCCAACGUGCUGAAAGACACCGGGAGAAGCUACAUCUGGACGGGGGGGACAGGAAGGGAAUGGCUGAUCCUCUGCGGAGGACUUUACUAGCGAAACUCCGGGGGAAAAAGACCAAAAAAGGAGCGACGCUCGGCGGCUGCGGCGGUGGAUUCGGAUCUGCUGCGGCGGCCAACGGGAGCCGAGGAGGUAAAGAAAAAGUUUUGCAGACGCAGCGAGACCUGGACGAGGCUCUGCGGGUAGUUGUGCUCACAGGGAUGGAUUUGACGGCUGAGAGAAUGAGUACGUACGAGAAUUGUGUGGAAGCAGAGGGGGUCACGGUGGUUCCGGAGCGCUGCGCGGCAGUCGCUUCGCGUCGAACAGAUGCGCAAAACGCGUUUAGGGAGGAAAGCAGGGGCCACCGGGGGCCCGGAGCCGCAGCGGGGAGCCCCUAUGUCCAGAUGAAACACUUCGUUUCGGUGCCGAGGCAGCGCAGCGUCGGGGACUCCAUCGGGUUCGGGGACAGUUCCUGUCAUGUGCUGGAGCGAGCGCAGGUACAGGCGCAACACCCAGGGGCCCUCACACCCGCAGCGAGCUGUGUCGGUGCGGGGACAGAGCUCAGAGGAUUGUCCCACAUGGCAGGAACUGUGGGGGCUGGACAGGAAAGCAGGUCCAACUGGACUUUUGACAGCGGUCCAACUUUGGAGACAAAUUCUCCAAGUUGCGCAGCGGCUGUGUAUCCAAAGUGUGCAGUAAGCGCAGAGGAAAGUGUUGUAAUAAGAAACAUUGAGAGCUAUGGACCUGACUGUUUAGGGGACACUAGAGAAACAGCAGGCAGUCCUCAGAGUCCAUUUUUCCCUACUGAGUUACAAAUUUGUGAUAUUAAAAGGACAUCUUUGUGCUCCACACAGGGGUCCCACAGAUACCCUUUAGAUAGUGAAGAUGAUGAUUACUAUGAUAAUGAAAUUUUACCCUUCUAUGAAACAGCUAGACCAAAAACUAACGUUGAUAGGGAAGAUAUUGAAGAACCUGGUCAGGAUAAAGGGCAGGUGAUUAACUGUAAUAGCGCCCAUGAAACAGACAGGCUCCGAAACCAGCUGCAAGAGGCUUACUACCUCCUUAUCAAUGCCAUGAAUGAUAUCAGCUUAGAUUUCCAGCAGAUUGGAGAAGAUUUAGCGGCACAGCAAGCCACCUCUUCCUGUAGUAGCCACUCAAGGGACAGCUUGUGCUCCAGGUUGUCUGUCAAAAAUGUUGACAGCGACUCCUGGUCAUCAGGAGGCAACCACAGUUCUCAGCAUGGAUCUGACACUGAAUCGCUCCUUCUCUGCCUCACUGGGAACCUAGAGUCAAAGUCUAGGUUGACUAGUAAGAGCAUGAGCAAUCUGUCUUUGACCAUACGGCCCACAAUGUUGCGCUCUGCAAGUGAUGGAGCUAUCAGGUAUCAAAGCAAACCCACAUCUCCUGUCCAGACAGAAGCCUAUGAUGAUAAAGGAGCUUCAGAGACAUUAAAGGCUGUGGUCACAAAAGCCGAAGGGCUGCCUGAACCGUAUGUUCUUUGCAGCGGCAUCAGCAGUGAGGAGCUACGAGGUGCUGGAGGUGAGGAGGACCAAGCUGAGCAGCUCAAUGAGAGCAGCAGCUCGGUUAACAGCCUCACGGGUUCCUCUGACAGCAACACAGAGGUAUUAGCAACACAUCAAGAUCAGGAGACCAAGCAGGAACAGGCUGAUGUCCGAACGCAGGUCGUUAACUCGGCCAACAAAGCCCACGGAGUCACCGUCAACAAGAUGCAGGAGUGGAUGCACAAGGGUCGCUUGCUGUCGUCUGAGAUGAAACAGCGCAUUGAAGGCUCGUCUUUGCCUCGCGGUGGAGGCCAGACUCAGGACCGGGCCUCUCUUCAGGCUAACCUCAGACCAGGGACCCAGACAUGUGUCCGUGGUGGUAAAUCUGUCAAGACCAAGUCAUCCACAGUGAAAACACCAAGACAGCUGCAGCCAGCUUUCAUUGAGAAUUUCCAAGCACCGUGUGCAAAUGGCCGUGAGGUGAGCAGAUCAUCCAAUGAGGCGCCUUCAUGGAGGCCGCAGCACACCACCAUCACCGUCUCAAAGAAGCGCAACUGGUUGCAGCAGAGCUCCCAGGGAAGGGGUCAGUUCAGCAGGGAUGAGCUGCAGGGAGUGCUGGGAGCUGAGGAGGAAGGCAGCCAGGGUCUCCAUCAGCUGCCGCCUCCUCCCAGUCCCUCUCCGGACCACCUGAGACACCAAGGGGUAGCACCGCCUCGGCCAGUUCAUCUACAGCUCCCUCAGGUAACUGUUGGUCAGGCUAAGGUGUCUCCUCACCCUCGGAGCGUGGACCCAGCUGAAGAGAAUGACGCAGAUGACGAGGGAGAGAUUUGGUACAACCCAAUCCCAGAGGAUGAUGAACCAGGGACGUCUCGCCAACCUUCCGUUAGGCUACUCGUCCCGCCUCGAACGGAGUCCCAGAGGAGGCCCAGCAGGGGGGUGGAUGUGGUUCAAGACAACAUGGUCCUGGAGGGUGUCAGCGGACCAGAGGGGCAUGUGGAUAGCCUCAGCAGCGGUUCAGGAGACGGGGGUCUGGGGAAUGCUGCACAUUCCACAGAGGCAGUACAUCUGCACAGACAGAUGCUCACAUGCAAACCUCAAGAGGAAGGGAGCCUUUCCUCAAACAAACCUACAGAUGCUCUUGACCUGCCGAUUGGCUUUUCUCCGCCCUCAAGCCCCAACCCAACCAAGAAGUGCAGCUCUAUCAACUGGUCCUUCCCAGACAAGAUCAAGUCUCCACGUACUGUCAGGAAGAUCUCCAUGAAGAUUAGCCGAAAACUCAGUGUGAAAGGGACCCAAAGCAACACGACGAGCAGCAGUGGGAGCAGUCAGUUAGAGCCGAGGGCCCAUUCUCCUCGGGCCAAUAGGAGUGGGUCUGAAGUUGUCACCCAGACUUCAGGUCCUCCUCGAUUAGUCUCAUCCGGGGGUGUUCAGUCGGGUCGGAAUGUGAUCUCGCGCUACCACCUGGACAGCAGUGUGUCUACACAGCACAGCUUCAGUAAGAAGAAAAGCAACUGCAGCUCAAAGUCUGCUAUUAAGGGUGGCUACCUGAGUGAUGGUGACUCACCAGAACUGGUGGCUAAAUCUGGAAAACACAGCUCUGCAAAGGGAAAGGGUGGGAAAGGAAAAGAAACUGAGGGAGGUGGGACCUCAAGACUCAACGGCACAGAGCUGGACAUUGACGCGUUCCGUCACUACAGUUUCACAGAGCAGCCCAAGUGCAGCCAGUACAUAUCUGGAUUGAUGAGUCUCCAUUUUUAUGGUGCAGAGGACCUCAAACCUCCACGUGUUGACUCUCGAGAUGUCUACUGCGCAAUCCAGGUUGACUCUGUUAACAAAGCACGCACGGCUCUCCUCACCUGCCGAACCUCCUUCCUAGAUAUGGAUCACACAUUCAACAUCGAGCUGGAGAACGCCCAGCAUCUGAAGCUGGUGGUGUUCAGUUGGGAGCCCACGCCAAAACGCAACCGUGUUUGCUGCCACGGCACGGUGGUGCUGCCCACGCUCUUCAGGGUGACGCGCACCCACCAGCUUGCUGUGAAACUGGAGCCACGGGGACUGAUCUAUGUUAAACUGAACUUGAUGGAGCACUGGCAGAACUCGUUGGACGGCGGGCCAAACAGAGACCGAGAGCUGCAGGUGUUUGGUGUGGAGGUGUGGCGAGUGGUGGAGAGGGAGAAUACCGGACUGAUUGUGCCGCUGAUCAUCAGCAAGUGCAUCAAUGAGAUCGAGAAGAGAGGCUGCCAGGUGGUCGGUCUCUACCGUCUGUGUGGCUCUGCUGCGGUGAAGAAGGAGCUGCGUGAAGCGUUCGAGAGGGACAGUCACGCUGUGGAGCUGUGUGAGAGCAUGUACCCCGACAUCAAUGUCAUCACAGGAGUUCUGAAGGACUACCUGCGUGAACUGCCCUACCCUCUGAUCAACAAACCGUUGUAUGAAGCCGUGCUGGACACCAUGGCUGUGAGACCUCUAAAAAUGGGCGCAGCGGGGUGCGAGAACGAUCAGGCGGACUCUGAGUACACCGUCAGGCUGCUGGAAAACCUGCCAGAGGUGGAGAGGAUGACUUUGCGGAAGCUGCUUGACCACUUGAAGCUUGUGGCGUCCUACCAUGAAGUGAACAAGAUGACAUGUCAGAACCUGGCCGUGUGUUUCGGCCCCGUGCUGCUCAGCCAGCGUCAGGAGGCGUCCUGCCACACCAACCGCGUCUUCAUCGACUCUGAGGAGCUGGCGAGCGCUUUGCACUUCAAAAAGCACAUUGAAGUCCUGCACUACCUCCUGCAGCUUUGGCCAGUUGUGGACCCCCAUGACCAGUCGUCCUGUCACCCCCCUGCAGCCUCAGUGGCUCCGGCCUCCUCUGACCUCCUGUCAGCUCCUCCUCUGCGGCGGAGGAAAGAACGCCCCCAGGUCCUGAACUUCAGUGAAGUAGACAUGGCUGGCGUCUUGAGGCCCAAGCCGGGACGUCUGGACAGCCCUAGCAACCGCUACGCUGGCGACUGGAGCACCUGUGGUGAAAAUUACUUCCCCUCUGAAAUGCCGCCGCCUGCCAGCAAAGAGGAGGUGGACUACGACGACGUGCCCUCCGAGGACACGGAGGCAACGGAAGACGUCCGGGACAAGCAGGAAGACACAGCAGAGGAAGACAAACAGGAGACGGUCCCAAGCUCUGCGUCUGAUCCCGCUGUGCAGGAGAACCCUCAAAAAGAGGAGGUGGUGAGGGAGGAGGAAAAUGAUGAAGAGAUGAAAGAUACUUCAAACAGACACUCAUUAGAGGAGGAGGACGCAGAGGAGAGGAGGUUUAACCACAUCCUGUCGCCUCGACUGCCUAAAGAGCACACCUACCAGGCCUACAUGAAGAUCCAGGACAGGGGGAACCUGAGGGACCUGCAGGAGAGCAUCGACACCCUGAUAGGAAACCUGGAGAGGGAGCUCAACAAAAACAAGCUCAACGUUGGAUACUGACCGCUGCACGCUCCUAAAGCUGGGACGGAUUCUGGUGCUUUGAAACAGCUGCAGCUUUUCAUGGAGAGCCUGUGGCGGGAGGUGCUGCUGUGCAAAGUUACAAAACGAGACAAAAACUAAGAAACGGGGCACUUCCAGUGUUUGUACCUUACCCAUAAACAU